AUGACUUCGGCCAUGGCGAACAAUCAGCAACAGCAACAUCAGCAGCACAUGAUGUACUACUAUGUUGCAGUGCCAGGACAAAUGCAGCCGCAAGUUGCACAAGGCACAGAUGGUGGUAUGAUGGCCAAUCAGCAAGGCCAAAUGCAGGGUGGAUACGACCCAUCGCAGCAGAUGCAGGGCUUCAACAUGGGUGGUGACCAUGGUGGGUACGCAUUGAUGAUGCCUCAAGAUGGCUCUCAGAUGGGAGGGGUGAACCAUCAGAUGGGCCAAAUGCAGCCCACCAUGAUGGCUGCAGGGAACAGUGGAUGUGCCAUGCAGCAGAUGGUUCUAGUAACCACCAUGAUGCCGGACCAGCAGGGUCAAAUGGUCAUGGACCCAAAUGCAUGCCAAGCUUGCGGUGGGCAAGCGGCGCCCAACAAUUGGGGCCAGGGAAACAUGGCGCAUUGUAAUGGAUGCAGUGCGCCACAAAAUAUGCCUCAAGGCACGCAAGGGAUGGGACAAGGGCAGCAAGUUCAGCAGCAAGUGCAGAUGCCGCAAAAAGGUGGCAUGGUGCAGAAUCAGCAAGCCACAGCCCCCGCAGCAGGGGGUGGAAUGGAUGGGCUCUUUGCCAGCCUUCGACUUGACAAGGCCAGAACCGGAACUGCCAAGAUUGAGGAUGGGGAUGCGAAGCCUGAAGCAAUCAAGGCUGGCAUUUUUGGUGUUGUGCGUGGCACUAGCUCCUUCAGUAGCCCUCGGUUUGCUGUGCUUGCCCAAGCCAGGCAGAGAAUUGAUGCUGAGAAUUUGGCAGAUGCACAAGGCCCGAAGAAGGAGUUCUUGCCAAAGCCAUCGGAAAAUGCCUACAAGGUGAAGGAGGCGACGAGUUUGUUGAACAAGAUCUGCCCGGACAACCUGACGGUGAUCGUCGACCAGCUCGCCAGCAUCAAGUUGGUGAAAGCCGAAGAGCUCGAGUGGGUGAUUCGGAUCAUCUUCAAGAAGGCCCUUGCCGAACCUCACUACUGCGAGACCUAUGCUGACAUGGUCUUUGCCCUCAAAGAGAGGUACCCACAGUUCCCUGCAGAGAACGAGAAUGAGAAACCAGCCACCUUCACGCGCGUGCUGUUGAACAACUGCCAGAAUGAAUUUGAGAACAUGCCCGCAACCUUUGAAGCAACAGAUGAGGAGAGGGUAAAGUUCCCAAAUCCAGAAGAAUUGCAACAAGAGCUUAAGCGCAAGAAAGACAUGAUGCUGGCGAACAUGAAGUUUAUUGGCCACCUCUUUUUGCGCCAACUUCUCGCGGUGAAGGUCAUUGGUCAGGUUGUCCAUGAUCUGAUUGGGAUCAAGGAGAACGGAAGCCAGCCUGAAGAGCACAUGAUUGAGUGCGUUUGUGAGCUCCUGCAGGCCAUUGGCUACACCCUUGAUGAGACCACCCACGGGGAGAACCUCAUGAACUCGUUCCAGGCACGCUUGAAGGACUUGUCCAAGCAAUUGCUGGGCGAUGGAAAGCAGGCGUUCUCAAAGCGUAUCCGCUUUGCGAUAGAAGACCUGCUCGAUUUACGCAGGAACAAGUGGCAAAAGAAAGUCUUUAAAGAGCAAGCAAAGACCAAGAAUGAAGUCAAGGUCGAUGCAGUUGUGUCUCGGAUGCGGUGA